GAAGCUUCUCACAUUGUCCACGUUUUAGUUCCCAAUCAGACGGUAUCAUGUUAAGUGACAUUUUAUUAUUUUCUUCUAUGGUGAAUCUCACUUUUUGUGAGACAGAAAAAUGCACCGAUUUCGCUAACUUCCUCUUAUCUGGAAUGAACCAAAUGGUGGAUCCAUGUGAAAAUUUUUACGAAUUUGUAUGUGGAUCGUGGUCUACUACAUGUCCAGUUUCUGAAAGUCGUCCAUUUUGUAAUAUUGACACAGAAAUUGAUGAUCGUAUUCAAAAGAUUUUACGUGACAUUUUGGAAGCAGUUCCAAAUCAGAAUGAGAGUAAGGCAUUAUCUCUGGAAAAAGAGUGGUACAAAGCAUGCACAGACCAAGUUUAACAAAUACGA